AUGAGCGAUCCACAAGCGCUUGCUUUAGCCAACCACAUGUUGGCAAGUAUUCAAAAAGAUCUUGCCACACUAAAGGAGAAUCAAUUUUUGAAUGCUCAGACGUACAACGAAAUAUGCGGUUUAUUGCCAAGCCAAUUCACCGACAGUCAGCAGCAUAUAAGGCCACCACUUCCGUCUCGCAAGUCGGGGGCAUCGCCAUCACCACAGCCUCGUGAGUUGCCUUCAUUUCCCAAACUCCCAGCUCGACGUCAGACCCAACAGACACCGUCAUGGCAACCAUCACAGCCAGCCCCAUCCCCAUCCUCUUAUUCCUCGCAUCCACCACCUGCAUUAUCUCCUCCAUCCCAGCAACCUACACCCACACUUCGUACUGCUACUCCUUCAUUUCCUAAAGCUCAGCCAGCGUCCGAGGCCUCACCUCCCCCAUCGUAUGCUGCCGUUGAACCUGCUUCCAUAGCGACAGCCGAAGCUUUAUAUGACUAUGUAGGCGACGAGCCUAGUACGGAUUUGUCAUUCCGCAAAGGUGACAUUAUCCAAGUCACUGAAUAUGUCAACGAAGAUUGGUGGCGAGGAUCCUUAAACGGUAAAUCGGGUAUCUUUCCGCAGAACCACGUCAAAAAGAUCCCGACGUCGUCUUUGGCAGCCAAGCCUCGAGUUCCUCCCGUGCCUUCACCGACCGGCAGUUCCAGUGUGAAAUCUGCCAUGCCUUCCAAUUUACCGCCUUACAGCUACCCUGCUCCACCCACCGCCAUGUAUCAUCAACCACCACCUCCGGGUCAGCCUCCGGUCGCACAGUAUGCACCUCCACCUGUGGUGGCAGCUCAAGAAAUAUCAGGUGCACCUAAUCCCGACGGCGAAAACAAAGUGCACAAUAUGGCUAAGAAAUUCGGAGGUCAUGUUGCUACAGCCGCUACUUGGGGUUUUGGCGCAACAAUUGGAAGUCAAGCCGCCAAUGCCAUUUUUUAA